UGUAGCGGCAAAGUUUCUCUCUGCCUAUUUUUACCACUCCACAUUCCGCCUCUACCCUUUUGUCUUCGUGUUACUCUUCAGUUCUGUAGAACAAGCUACAGUCCCCAACUUCGAUCCUAGAGAACCCAAAAGGGCUCACCAUCUCCUUCUCUCUCUCUCUCUCCCUCUCAUCUCGUGCAUAAAAAUGUUGUUCUUCUCGUAUUUCAAGGAGUUGGUGGGCAGAGAAGUGACAGUGGAGCUGAAGAAUGAUCUUGCAAUCAGAGGAACACUGCACUCCGUGGAUCAGUACCUCAACAUAAAGCUAGAGAACACAAGGGUCGUCGACCAAGAGAAGUACCCGCACAUGUUGUCAGUGAGGAACUGUUUUAUUAGGGGAUCAGUCGUGAGAUAUGUGCAACUACCCCCAGAGGGAGUGGACGUUGAACUGCUGCAUGAUGCCACCAGAAGGGAAGCUCGUGGUGGCUGAAGAAGGGGGCUAUUUGAGCACUGAAAUGUUGUGUAAUUGUUUUUGCUAUGUCUAGUCUUUUCCCAGUUCAUGAAGACGUCUCCAAUUAGAUCCCAGUGCAGCCCUAUGAUCACUAUGGAACAUUUUGAGCCAGUGCCAAGUAGUUUUUAUAUUUUGUUUAAUCAUAUAUAGUGCACAUUUUAGUUAACAUCCUUGAAAAUGGGGACAGCCAGGAUGAUCUAUGUGAUGCACCCCUCUUAUCCUAACGCAUUUGUACUUUUAUUUCCCGAGUUUGUAACAGAGUAAUUGAUUAUUAUGUUUUGUUUUUUGUUU